AUGAGGUUAUUCUUUAGCUCUUUUACCGGGGCAGCAUUUGAAUGGUACAGUAAUUUACCAGCCAACUCUAUUCAGACAUGGGACAAGAUGGAAGAAGCUUUCCAUACCCAAUUCUACCGAACAGAGGUAGAAGCUACGCUGGAAGAUAUAUCCCGUUUAUCUCAGUUGCCGAGCGAAUUAAUUAAAACUUUUAUUACAAGGUUCAGAAAAGCUAAACUCAAAUGCCGAGUAAGUUUUCCAGAACCAGAAUAUAUCAAGUUGGCAUCAAAUGGUUUAAACAUUGAACAUUGCAAGAGGUUUGAUAGGGUUGAGUUUCAAGACCUCUUCGAUUUAGCAGAUAGGGCUUCUCGGUAUGAGGAGAUACUUAAGGAAGAGAAAGAGAGGAAAAAUUCUUCUAAGUGUACUUAUUACAAGGACCUUAAUUAUGAGGUAUUCUCGGUAGAAGUUGGAGAUGAAUUAGAAGUUGAUGUUGUAGAGGUCAAUAUCAAGAAAUCAUACAUCUGUGAGGCAUUGGUUAAACCUAAGCUGACUACGGGGGGCAAUGCAACAUUAACAUCAAUAUCGGCAAUAAGAAAAGAAGCUGCCGAUACCGGGAAAAGCUAUUCUUUUGACUUGUCAAAAACAGACCAUAUCUUUGAUCACUUGAUGGCCGAUAAACUGAUAUCUUUGCCUAAGGGGCAUAAGAUUUCAUCGGCAAGUGAUCUGAAAGGAAAAGAGUACUAUAAGUAUCAUAACUCUUGGAACCAUGCUACUAAUGAUUGUACUGUUCUACGAGGUGUAUUGUAG